UCUUUGCUAUCCACCACUCCUCCGCAUUUCUCGCUUCCUUCUCACUUAUAUAUCUUCCCUCUUCCCCUCUCGUCUCCAUCUCCAAGAUCCUUUCCUGUCUCUCCUCAUCUCCUCCCGCUCGACCCUGUCCUUCUCCCAUCCAGGCCAUCGUCGUCCAGCACAGAAAGAGAGCAAGAAAAACCGCCCACCAUGGUUGGGAACCGAGAGGAGUACUGGGUCCCCGAGGACUACGAGGGCAUGAGCGCUGGCCGCUACCUGGCCACGCGCGUGUCGUCGCUGAAGCCGCCGAUGCUCAACGUGCCGAACCCGUGGAAGCUGCUGCGCAUGCUCAACCGCCAGCAGUGGUCCUUUUUCGCCCUUGCCUUCUGGGCCUGGACCUGGGACGCCUUUGACUUCUUCACCGUGUCGCUGACCGUGUCGGACCUGGCCAAGCAGUUUGGCAAGGCCAACAUCGACAUCACCUGGGGCAUCACGCUGGUGCUCAUGUUCCGAUCCGUGGGCUCCAUCGCCUUUGGUGUGGCUGCCGAUCGCUACGGGCGCAAGUGGCCGUUCAUCGUCAACAACAUCUUGUUCAUUGCUCUGGAGUUGGGAACCGGAUUCUGCAACACCUACAAGCAGUUCCUCGCCUGUCGCGCGCUGUUCGGCGUUGCCAUGGGCGGUCUGUACGGAAACGCAGCGGCCACAGCCCUGGAAGACUGCCCGGCAGAGGCCCGUGGUAUCAUGUCCGGCAUCCUCCAGCAAGGUUACGCCUUUGGAUACCUCCUCGCCGCCGCCUUCGCCCGCGGCCUCGUCAACACCACCUCGCACGGAUGGCGCCCACUGUACUGGUUCGGCGCCUGCCCCCCCGUCAUCUUCAUCGCCUUCCGCCUGAUGAUGCCCGAGACUCAGACCUACCGCGAGCGCGAGCGCAUGCGCAUCGAGGCCGGCCGCAACCGGAGCGACGAAAAGUCUGUCGGCAGCGUCUUCAUCUCCGAGGGCAAGGUCGCCAUCAAGCGCCACUGGCUGCUGCUGACGUACCUCGUCCUGCUCAUGGCCGGCUUCAACUUCAUGAGCCACGGCAGCCAGGAUCUCUACCCGACCAUGUUGACCAACCAGCUCGCCUUCAGCCCCAACAAGGUCACCGUUACGCAGGUUGUUGCCAACUUGGGCGCCAUGACUGGUGGAACGGUUGUUGGUUUCCUGAGUCAGUCCGUCGGUCGUCGAUUCAGCAUCAUCUGCUGCUGCAUUGUUGGCGGCGCCCUGCUCUACCCAUACACCUUCGUGCACGACACCUCCAUCAUGGCCGCCGCCUUCUUCCAGCAGUUCUGCGUCCAGGGCGCUUGGGGCGUCAUCCCCAUCCACCUGAUGGAGCUGUCCCCCGGUGCUUUCAGAACCUUUGUCGUCGGUACCGCCUACCAGCUGGGUAACCUCGUCUCAUCGGCAUCUUCCACCAUCGAGGCCCGCAUUGGCGAGCGUUUCCCCCUGCCGCCCACUACCAAGGGCGUUGCUCGUUACGACUACGGCAAGGUCAUCUGCAUCUUCAUGGCCUGCGUCUAUGUCUACGUCAUUGUCCUGACCUUCCUUGGCCCCGAGCAGCUUCGCAAGAGCUUCGAUGUCGCUUACGAUCACGACGCUGCUAUUGUUGCUGGCUGGGAUGACAAGGCAAAGGUUGACCAUGAGGAGUUUGACAACAAGGCCCGGGACUCUACUGCGGGAGAGAAGCAGGCCGUUGAGGAGGUUUAAGAAGAAGAAGAAGAAGAAAUAUAUAUUGGAUACCCUUUACUUGGAUGAUGUCUCGAGUACAUCUUGCUUUUUGCUUGUUGUUAUGCUAAUGAAAUGGGAAAUGAGGACUCUGGCUUCUAUGAACUUUGUUUUGGAUAUCAAUUCGGGGUUUUGUGGAUGCCUUGAAGCAGUGGAAUUAGACAGACACUGUAUGAUAAUUAUGAAAUGAUACAAAAUAUGCUUUAUAUAUACCAUAUAUAUAUAUUAUAUAUGUCUAUUAAUAUAAUG